AUGUCACCCGAUCUCAACUCCCUCCCCGGCGCUGACAGCACCCCAUCACCAACACCACCACCACCAAUCAACAGCACCCGCGGAACAACAGCUUCCAACAGCAACGGCCACUACUUUCCCAACGGUCACCAUGAUGGAGAAAAACGCCCCAACAUCCUCUACGUCAUGGCCGACCAGCUAGCCGCCCCUCUGCUCAAGAUGUACAACCCCACCUCCCAAAUUCUCACCCCCAACCUCGACGCCCUAGCUGCGAAAUCAGUCCAGUUCGACUCAGCCUACUGCCCCUCCCCGUUAUGCGGCCCCUCAAGAAUGAGCAUGAUCACGGGGCAGCUCCCCAUGAAGAUAGGAGCGUUUGACAAUGCCGCCCAGAUAUCAAGCGAUAUCCCGACUUAUGCCCACUACCUUCGACUGAAGGGGUACCACACUGUUUUGGCGGGCAAGAUGCAUUUUGUCGGGGAUCAGCUGCAUGGGUACGAGACGAGGCUGACGAGCGAUAUUUACCCGGGGGAUUUUGGGUGGGUGCCGAACUGGGAGGAGCCGGAGACGAGGCUGGAGUGGUAUCAUAACGCGAGCAGUGUACUGCAGGCGGGGAGCUGUGUGAGGAGUAAUCAGCUGGAUUAUGAUGAGGAGGUUAUGUAUAGGAGUAGGCAGUUUUUGUAUGAUUUUGUUAGGGAGGGGGAGGAGGGGAGGAGGCCGUUUGCUUUGACGGUCUCCCUCACCCACCCCCACGACCCCUACACCAUCGAGCAAAAGUACUGGGACCUCUACGAAAACGUCGACAUCGACCUCCCCCGCGUGACCAUCCCCCAGGAAGACCAAGACCCCCACUCCAAACGCCUCCUCAAAGUCUGCGACCUGUGGGACAAUCCUUUCUCUGACGAGCAAAUCAAGCGGGCCCGGAGGGCGUACUACGGCGCCGUCUCGUAUGUCGACGACUGCCUCGGCCAGCUCCUCACCCUGCUCAAGCAGCUCAAGCUCGACGAGGACACGAUUGUGAUCUUUUCUGGCGACCACGGGGACAUGCUCGGGGAGAGGGGGUUGUGGUACAAGAUGUCGUAUUUUGAGAGCUCGGUGCGUGUGCCGCUUCUGGUGAGCUACCCGAAGAGGUUCGAGCCGAGGAGGGUGAGUCAGAAUGUGAGCACGUUGGAUAUUUUGCCUACAAUGUGCGAUUUGGUGGGGACGAAGCCGUGGGCGUUGUUGCCGAUGGAUGGGAGGAGUUUGCUGCCGCAUCUGGAGGGGAGGGAGGGGGGGCAUGAUGAGGUUUUUGCGGAGUAUACUGGGGAGGGGACGGUCAGGCCGCUGAUGAUGAUCAGAAGGGGGAGGUGGAAGUAUGUGACUUGCCCGGCGGAUGGGAGUCAGUUGUUUGAUUUGAGGGCGGAUCCGCUCGAGUUGAGGGAUUUGGUGAAGGAGGGGGUGGUGAGGACGGAUGAAGAAACAAAAGAGGUUUUUGAGGCGUUUGAGAGGGAGGCGAGGGAGAAGUGGGAUUUUGAGGGGAUUACGAAGGAGGUGUUGCAUAGUCAGAGGAAGAGGAGGUUGGUUUGGGGGGCGUUGACGAAGGGGAGGUUUGAGAGUUGGGAUUACAAUCCGAUUGAUGAUGGGAGGGAGAAGUAUAUCCGGUCGCAUAUUCCUCUGGAUGACCUCGAGAGGCGGGCGCGGUACCCGGCUGUGGAUGAGUUCGGCCGGGAGACAGGAUCAAGGAUCGUGACUGAUCAAGCUGGAUCUCACGGGCAGUAAACUCUGUUGACAUGUGCUGAUGGCGCUUCAACUAUUACGACGGUGAUGAAGAGGAUGGUUCAACCCGGUUUCUCAUAGCGAGUUUUGCUCUUGGGCGCACGAUGGAGGUUCAAAUGGUUAAGGUGGACGAUAUACGCGAAGGCAUCUUGGGACAUGUUUAAUUUGGCGAGCGUGCUAGCAUUGCUCUUUGUCAGUUAUGCUGAUCAAAAAUACAACCGAUCAUGCAAUCUGCACUGGUAGAC